AUGGCUGGUGUUUUGUUUGAAGAUAUUUUUAACGUAAAAGACAUAGAUCCAGAAGGCAGAAAAUUUGAUAGAGUUAGUAGAUUGCAUUGCGAAAGUGAAUCAUUCAAAAUGGACUUAAUUUUAGAUGUUAAUACCUGGCUCUAUCCCAUGGAAUUAGGAGACAAGUUUAGGUUAGUACUCGCCACAACAUUGAGGGAAGAUGGAUAUCCAGAUAGUGGAGAAUGGAAUCCUUUAGAUAAUGAAGGCUCCCGUGCUGACAGUUUUGAAUAUGUAAUGUACGGUUUAAAUUAUAGAAUAGAAGGAGAUGAUAGUAGUCCAGAAACAUCGAGUCGUUUAGCGGCGUAUGUUUCUUUUGGCGGAUUGUUAAUGCGGUUACAAGGAGAUGCUAAUAAUUUGCACGGUUUUGAAGUAGAUCAACAUUUAUAUCUGCUAAUUAAAAAAUUAGCUUUUUAA